AUGUCAAAGAAGGCUGACGACAAGAAGAACGUCGUGGUCGUUGGCGGCGGCUUGGCCGGCAGCCAGCUCGCGCGCGAGCUCUCCUCCAAGUUCGACGCGUCCAAGUACAACCUCAUCCUCAUCAACGACCGCCCGUACAUCAUCAACCUCAUCGCCUGCGCGCGCAUGACGACCUCCAACGUCGACCGCCUCGAGGACCGCGUGCUCAUCUCCUAUGACAAGCUUUUCGUCAACGGGAACGGCACCUUCCUCCAAGGCAGCGUCGCCGCGAUCGAGGAGAUUGCCCCCGGUCAGGGCGGGAGCGUUGUCCUGCAAAGUGGUGAACGUAUCCCAUACGCGGUACUCGUGCUCGCGACAGGGAGCAAGUGGUCUGGCCCGUUGCAGUUCCCCGAAGCAGACUCGGAUCUGCGCUUGCAUAUCAAUGAAUGGCGGAAGCGUAUCGCGGACGCGAAGGAUAUCUACCUCAUCGGCGGUGGUGCGGUCGGCAUAGAGUUCGCGGGCGAAAUCCGUGAUAUUUACCCCCGCGCACAGGAAAAGAAAAUCACGAUCGUGCACAGCGAUAGCAUGCUGCUCAACUCGGUUUAUCCCGCCAAGUUCCGGAAGGACAUCGAGUACCGCUGUCGCACGCACGGGAUCAACAUCGCAUUCGGGGAAUAUGUCGAUCAGCUCCCGGAGCCAGGAAAGAUUGGUUUUACGACACGCAACGGGACACAGUUCCCCAAGGCGGACCUAGUUAUCCCAACCUUCGGCGCGCACGCCAACACAGCGUUCAUAUCCUCUCUCGGGUCGGACGUGCUCGCGGCAAAUGGCUGCGUCAAGGUGAAGCCCACGCUCGAGGUGCAGGGCCACCCGGGCGUCUUCGCUGUCGGCGACAUCGUUGACUGGGAAGAGCAGAAACAGGCCGCUAAGGCCGGGAACCACGUCGGCAUCGUCGCACCGAACGUGCUCAGCUUCCUCAUCGGACAGUCACAGACGAAGUUGUACAAUGGCAGCACCGAGCUGAUCGUCAUCCCUCUCGGGAAGAAUGGGGGGUCGUGCUAUUUUGACAUCCUCUGGGGCAUUGUCCUGGGCGACUGGUUCGCGCGACUCAUCAAGUCGAAGGACCUGUUUGUCAGCAAGGCCAGGUCGGACAGAGGACUGUGA